AUAUCAUUCAUCUGUUGUUUGCCAAGGGCUGUGCCUGUGAAAUGAGACCAUGACAACUGAUGAGGCUACAAAGAAGGAAGGAGAGGUCCAGACGGCAACUCUUGCUGAACAAGGCGAGGAUAUCACACCAAGCAAAGAUCGAGGAGUUCUGAAGAUUGUGAAGAGACCAGGGAAUAAAGAUGAAUCUCCUAUGAUCGGAGACAAGGUUUAUGUCCACUACAAAGGGAAGCUAGCCAAUGGGAAAAAGUUUGAUUCCAGCCGUGACAGGAAUGAACCAUUUAUCUUCAGCCUGGGCAAAGGCCAGGUCAUCAAGGCAUGGGAUAUUGGGAUUGCCACCAUGAAAAAGGGAGAAAUUUGCCACUUACUGUGUAAACCAGAAUAUGCAUAUGGUUCUGCUGGCAGUGUCCCCAAAAUACCCUCCAAUGCAACACUGUUCUUUGAGAUUGAGCUGCUUGAUUUCAAAGGAGAAGAUUUAUUUGAGGAUGGAGGCAUCAUCCGCAGAAUUAAAAAGAAAGGUGAAGGAUACUCCAACCCCAAUGAAGGAGCUGCGGUACAAAUCCAUCUGAAAGGAGUCUGUGGUGGUAGAAUGUUUGAUUGCAGAGAUGUAGCAUUUAUUGUUGGAGAAGGAGAAGACCAUGACAUUCCCAUUGGAAUUGACAAAGCUCUGGAGAAGAUGCAAAGGGGAGAACACUGUAUCCUGCACAUCGGAGCACCGUAUGGAUUUGGUGAAGCAGGAAAACGUAAAUUUGGCAUAGAGCCAAAUACUGAACUUGUAUAUGAAGUUACACUGAAAAGCUUUGAAAAGGCCAAAGAAUCUUGGGAGAUGGACACCAAAGAGAAACUUGAGCAGGCUGCCAUUGUUAAAGAGAAAGGAACUGUGUACUUUAAGGAAGGCAAGUACCCUCAGGCAGUGAUUCAGUAUGGGAAGAUUGUGUCCUGGCUAGAAAUGGAAUAUGGCUUAUCAGAAAGAGAAUCUAAAGCUUCAGAAUCCUUGUUGCUGGCAGCCUUCCUCAACCUUGCCAUGUGCUAUUUGAAGUUACGGGACUAUGCUAAGGCUAUUGAGUAUUGCAAUAAGGCAUUGGCACUGGACCAGGCUAACGAAAAGGGCUUGUACAGAAGAGGUGAAGCGCGACUACUCAUGAAUGAAUUUGAGUUGGCAAGAUGUGACUUUCAAAGCGUUCUAGACGUGAAUCCGCAAAACAGGGCUGCAAAGUCACAGAUAACAGUGUGUCAGAAGAAGACGAAGGAACACAAUGAUCGUGACCGAAAGAUAUAUGCCAACAUGUUCAAGAAAUUUGCAGAGAGAGAUGCAAAGGAAGAGGCCAGUAAAACCACAGGAGAGAAGGGGCACCUGGCAACUUCUGAAAUUGGCCUAGAGAAGACAGUGACUGAAGACAAAGAAUCAGAGGGCCAUGUAUGACUGCACAGCAGAAAGACAAUCCUUCUGAACUCAGCCUGCACCCAAACAGGUUUCUGAAGAACUCAGAAUGCAACAGUGUUUAUUGUAAAGCUUGUUACAGUAGGCGUUAUUGUGGAAGCAAAAAGCCUAUCCAGCAGCUUCACAAGAAACUAUCAAAUCAUUUAUCACUGCUGAGCAUGCUCACCAGUGGAAUGUGAGUAGAGGGACAGUGUGGGACCACUCCAAGUGGAACAAAUGGUUUAAACAAACA